AUGCUCUGCUUCACAACAUUACACACCUCCCCUAACCUUUAUUCCAACAAGGUUGCCCCUGAAUUUCCAUUACUAAUAUUAAGAAUCUCAUCUUUAAUGGAAAUAACAAUUACAACUGAUAAUUCUAGUGGGCAAAACGAAAAGGCAUCGAUUUUGGGUUUCUGUAACACAUCUAAGGAAAUCUCAGUUGCAUCAAUGACGGAUGGACCAACAAGUAGUGGGUUAUUCCAGACCUCGAAGGAGGGAGAAGUGGCAGAUCUCGAAGGUGGGAGAAGUGGUGAUGGGGUCAGUGGCAACAGAUCGGCGGCAAAAGAGAAACCAGCAAUAAAAAGCCCCCAUUCAAACAGACUAUUGACGAUAUUAAACCUCGUCUCCGAAUACAACUACCAAGCAACUGGUAGCAAUGGAAGGAGGAGGAGGAGAUGAUAAUGGUGUUGUCACAAAC